AUGGCUCCGGGGCCCCUGCCCGCCCCGCGCACCCCGCACACCCCAACUCUGGGGCGCUGGGCGGCCCACCCCUCCCCCUCUCCGCCUGGCUCCUACGCCAUCGCCCUCCCGGCAGCUUGCAGCGCCGUACCCCCCCAGCGCCGCCGCCGCCGCCGAGAGGAGGCCGGCGCAGCGCAGCCGACACCGACGCAGGGCUCCGGGCUCGGGCUCCGGGCGAGCGCGCCCGACGGCCUCGGCCCGGACCGAUCGCGGGACGGGACCCGCGCGGCGCAGGGCCGCCGGACGGGCGGGCACCGAGCGGGCGCGGGGCUGGCUGCGGCACCCCCGCCGGGCCGCACGACCACCCGCCGCCUAGCCCACCCCCACCCCACCCCUACCCCACCCCCACCCCUGCCUCAGGAAGGUUCCAGGGGAGAACCUCCCACCCCCACCUCAGGAAGGUUCCAGAGAAGAACCCCGCUCCCGCUCCAUCCAGGUCACAAGGGCUGGAGCUCCGAAGGGCCCAGGCCCCCUGAGCCAGGCAUAGAGGAGGAGGUCCGAGCAAAGAUGGCCGGCAGUCACCCCUGCUUCAACCUGCCCGACUUCGCCCAGCCCUCGCCGCCCUCCACUCCGCCCAGCCUCCCCUCGCACCAGCGCUGCCGGCCCUCCGAUGCCACCAAGGGCCUGCUUGUGGCCCUGCUGGGUGGGGGCCUGCCCGCUGGCUUCGUGGGCCCCUUCUCUCGUAUGGCUUACCAGGCUUCCCACUUCCCCUCGCUGGAGCUGCUCAUCUGUCGAUGUCUCUUCCACCUCCCCAUUGCCCUACUACUAAAACUGCGCGGCGACCCUCUGUUGGGACCUCCCGACGUCCGGGCCCGGGCCUGCCUCCACGCCCUGCUCAACGUCCUCAGCAUCGGAUGUGCCUACAGUGCGGUUCAGGUGGUGCCGGCCGGCAACGCUGCCACGGUCCGCAAGGGCGCUUCCACAAUGUGCUCUGCCCUCCUCUCCCUCUGCCUCGAGAGCCAGGGUCUCAGCGGUUACGACUGGUGUGGCCUGUUGGGCAGCACCCUGGGACUCAUCAUCAUUGUGGGACCGGGACUAGGGACACUGCAGGAGGGGACCACGGGCCUCUACACCGCCCUGGGCUACGUGCUCGCCUUCCUGGGCGGCCUGGCGCUGUCGCUGGGGCUGCUGGUCUACCGCUCUCUGGACUUCCCCUCUUGCCUCCCGACGGUGGCCUUCCUGUUUGGCUUGGUGGGGCUGGUGGGCUCUGUGCCAGGCCUCUUUGUACUGCAGACCCCCGUGCUGCCCAACGACCCUCUGAGCUGGAGCUGCGUGGGGGCGGUGGGGAUCCUGGCCCUGGUCUCCUUUGUGUGCGUGAGCUACGCGGUCACCAAGGUCCACCCGGCCCUGGUGUGCGCCGUCCUGCACUCCGAGGUGGUGGUGGCCCUGAUGCUGCAGUACUACGUGCUCUAUGAGACAGUGGCACCUUCUGACAUCAUGGGGGCAGGGGUGGUGUUGGGUAGCAUUGCCAUCAUCACCGCCCAGAACCUCAGCUGUGAGAAGGAAGGGCAGGUGGAGGAGUGACAUCGGACUUGAGAGCCUGGGGGUUGGGGCGGGGGUGGGGGGGGAAGGGGGAAAUAGAAGGAGAAGGAGAGACUGGCAGGCAAGCAGGGGAGGGCACGUGACCGGGAAAGAACUGGAGAUGGGAGAGGGGCACCCCUUGGGAGUCAAGGGUGACCUGGGGACUCAGCGGAGAAGGGACUGUCUGGAAGAGCUGGGACGAGCGUGGGGAUCAAGAGAUGUGGAG